UCAAUUUAUCGUCUAUAAGGGGAACUCACGUUCUGAAAAUAGAGACAUGGCACUUUGUGUUGCACAUUGCAGACAGAACAUUAACUUUCAACUCUAUAUAUGUGAGCCCUCUUUUGUUAUUUGCAUUUUUCGUUGCAAAAUUCAUAGACUCACAAAAACUCAUGAUUCCCAACAAAAGCUUUUCGUUUAUUACGUUAACGCCCCUCAAACGGACCUAUCGAAGCAUCCGUCACCUCCCAAUGACUUCACUUCCCAGUACCCCACCGCACUCGCCCUUGCAAAGCUUGCUGCGAGUGGUGUCACAGCAGAUACCGAACAGCAUGGAAGGUGACAGUUACUAAAGUCAUAGUUGGAGCAAUGAAACAGAAAAUAAUGUCACAGACAGUGCCUCCGAGAUCUGAACACGUUAGCGACACGAAAGUGUUCAACUUUCAAGAGUUUUAUAUUCAAAACGUGGACACACUUUGAACAUUGACGUGACAGAUCGCUGUUUAGCUAGCUCGCUAACCCUGCUAGCUAAGUUAUUUUGGUGUGCAGAAUCAAUUCGAUAGCCAUCGCUAAACUCAAGGACGGCGUAGGGUGGAGACAGGCUGCCAACUGAAUAUUUAAAGAAAACGUCUGUAAAUAAUUUUUUUUUAAAUAAGGAAACCCGGAAGGAUCCACAGGGGGUGCUAGGAUAUCGACAAGUGCCUCACUGCCGCGUCAUAUAGAAACGACUAAUUCCUGCAAAGAUGCUGGGAAAUCCUGGAUGUGCGGCAGUUUCAGGUAGUUGGCGUUGCCGGUGGCCGGUGUGUAUGAGUGUGGCCAGCGGCUGGUGAGCGUCGUAGUCCACGGGGAUGGGGAAUGGAGUCCAGCAACACCAGGCAACACCACUCACACAAGGAGAGGUGCUGCCACUGCCCUCUGACAGCCAGACAGAGGGUCUAAAGCCCCAGACACGGUCCGUGGUCAACUCUCUCCUCUCAGGGGCCUUAGCUGGAGCCUUGGCCAAAACUGCUGUAGCCCCACUGGACAGAACCAAGAUCAUCUUCCAAGUGUCCUCAGCAAGAUUCUCUGCCAAGGAGGCGUAUAGGUUGAUCUAUCGGACCUACCUGAAGGAUGGCUUCCUCAGCCUGUGGAGGGGCAACUCUGCUACCAUGGUGCGGGUCAUCCCCUACGCUGCCAUCCAGUUCUGUGCUCACGAGCAGUACAAGAGACUACUGGGUGGAUACUUCGGCUUCCAGGGAAAAGCCCUGCCGCCGGUGCCAAGGUUACUGGCGGGUUCUAUGGCUGGUACCACAGCUGCCAUGCUCACCUACCCUCUGGACAUGGUGCGAGCCAGGAUGGCUGUCACGCCCAAGGAGAUGUACAGUAACAUAAUCCAUGUGUUUGUGCGUAUCUCUCGUGAGGAGGGUUUGAAGACACUGUAUCGUGGUUUCACCCCCACCAUACUGGGUGUGGUGCCCUACGCUGGGCUCAGCUUCUUCACCUACGAGACUCUCAAGAAAAUGCAUGCAGAGCGGAGCGGUCGCCCCCAGCCCUACUCGUACGAGAGGUUGGUGUUCGGGGCAUGCGCAGGUCUCCUGGGCCAAUCGGCCUCCUACCCGCUGGAUGUGGUGCGGCGGCGCAUGCAGACGGCGGGCGUGACUGGGCACACCUACGGCACCAUCCUGGGUACCAUGCGAGACAUCGUGGCAGAGGAGGGCGUGGUGCGUGGACUCUACAAGGGCCUCAGUAUGAACUGGGUCAAAGGGCCCAUCGCUGUGGGCAUCAGCUUCACCACCUUUGACAUGACACAGAUCCUUCUGAAGAAGUUGUACCAGCUGAGGUAUAAUAGCAGGUAACCAGUAGGGAGACACUGGUGGAGGGAUGGAGGGGAAUGAGGACCAUAGAUAAUAGCAGGACAGUCGCUCUAUGAGAACCUCGGCACAAACGACGUGAAGGCCAGGAUGAGAAAACAAACAUUGUCGUUUUCUAGGGUCAAGGCAUAACGGAUUGGGGAAUGUGUGAUUGAGUGAUCCAGGUCAGCACAGUGGACACACACAGUGUGUGAAAUGAAUGUCUUCAUCUUUGUGUAUGUACAUGGAGGCAUGAAGUCUCAUGAGGUACAUUUGGUGGGUCAUAAUAUACACACUAUGGUCCUGUACGUUGUGUUCAGGUGCAAUAGGUUCAGUUAUUUCAUGUGUGUAAUUUUCACACAAAAUACACGUGUGUGUGUGUGUGUGUGUGUGUGUGUGUGUGUGUGUGUGUGUGUGUGUGUGUGUGUGUGUGUGUGUGUGUGUGUGUGUGACAACGCACACCUUCCGGGUGUCUCCCUUGCCUUGCGUCUCUACUUGAAUAGGGGACCUUCCAAUAGUCUGGAUCAGAUGAGUUGUUCCUGUCUUAUCUCCUUCCACAUGAGUUGGAUUUGACUUUUAUCAAACGACAAUGUGCCCCCAUGAGAUUUUGUUUUGGUUGGUUGAUGAUUUUUGUUAAAUGAGUUAUACCAAAGCAUAUACAAGACGUGCAUUGUAAUUAAUAAUAUGAUUUAUGACUAGAGAAGAUUGAUAUUAAUAUCUCUUUUGUUUUGGUACAGUGAAGUUCUCACAAGAAAUAUACAUAUUGUACAAAACAUGUCCAUAACAUAGACUGACCAGGUGAAUCCAGGUGAAGGUUAUGAUCCCUUAUUGAUGUCACCUGUUAUUUCCACUUCAAUCAGUGUAGAUGAAGGGGAGGAGACAGGUUAAAGAAUGAUUUUUAAGCCUUGAGACAAUUGAGCUGUGGAUUGUGUAUGUGUGCCAUUCAGAUGGUGAAUGGACAAGACAAAAUAUUUAAGUGCCUUUGAACAGGGUAUGGUUAUAGGUGCCAGGUCCACCGGUUUGUGUCAAGAACUGCAGCGCUGUUGGGUUUUUCACACUCAACAGUUUCCUGUGUAUCAAGAACGGUCCACCACCCAAAAAGACAUCCUGACAACUUGACAACUGUGGGAAGCAUUGGAAUCAACAUUGGCCAUCAUCCCUUUGGAACGCUUUCGACACCUUGUAGAGUCCUUGCCUCGACAAACUGAGUCUGUUCUGAGGACAGAAGGGGGUACAAUGAAUACAGUGAGUGACAAUACACAGCUGUUUUUUCACUAAUCUACUAACCUGUAGAAAAUGAGGGGGGUGAUGUGGUGCCGGGAGAGGAG